UUCCUCCGAGACAGCAGGGGCACCUCUUCUCCACAGCAUCCAGUUCUGCCCCUUCAACAGACAGCUAGCCUGCUAGCAAACAACAACAGGAGAUCCCGGACUACAAGCGUUAUAUUUAAACCCAACACAAAGGGGGCAAACUGCUUCCAUCUGGCGUGCACUGAUGCAGAUGGACGUCAGGACUGAGCAUUGACGAGUGGAAGCGACAGACUCCUCCGCCUCCGCCUCCUCACCCUCUUGCCCCCAACACCUUCUGUCAAGCUGGCAAUGUCAAGAGUCCCGAGUCCCCCUCCCCCUGCGGAAAUGUCCAGCGGGCCUGUGGCCGAAAGCUGGUGUUACACUCAGAUCAAAGUGGUGAAGUUCUCUUACAUGUGGACCAUCAACAACUUCAGCUUCUGUCGUGAGGAGAUGGGCGAGGUCAUCAAGAGCUCCACGUUCUCCUCUGGGGCCAAUGACAAGCUGAAAUGGUGCUUGAGGGUGAAUCCUAAAGGCCUGGAUGAGGAGAGCAAAGACUACCUGUCCCUCUACCUGCUGCUGGUCAGCUGUCCGAAGGCUGAGGUCCGCGCCAAGUUCAAGUUCUCAAUCCUGAAUGCCAAGGGAGAGGAGACCAAAGCCAUGGAGAGUCAGAGGGCGUAUCGCUUCGUUCAGGGGAAAGACUGGGGCUUCAAAAAGUUCAUCCGCCGAGACUUCCUCCUAGAUGAGGCCAACGGUCUUCUACCUGACGACAAGCUCACACUCUUCUGCGAGGUGAGUGUGGUGCAGGACUCUGUCAACAUAUCCGGUCAGAACACCAUGAACAUGGUGAAGGUUCCUGAUUGUCGGCUAGCAGACGAGCUGGGCGGCCUGUGGGAGAACUCGCGCUUCACAGACUGUUCCCUGUGUGUAGCCGGUCAGGAGUUUCAAGCCCACAAAGCCAUCCUGGCAGCACGCUCGCCUGUAUUCAGCGCCAUGUUCGAGCAUGAGAUGGAGGAGAGCAAAAAGAACCGCGUGGAGAUCAACGAUGUGGAGCCGGAGGUCUUCAAAGAGAUGAUGUGCUUCAUCUACACAGACAAGGCUCCCAACCUGGACAAGAUGGCCGACGACCUGCUGGCUGCAGCAGACAAGUACGCUCUGGAAAGACUGAAGGUGAUGUGUGAGGACGCACUGUGCACCAGUCUGUCUGUGGAAAACGCAGCUGAGAUCCUGAUCCUGGCUGACCUGCACAGCGCCGACCAGCUAAAAACACAGGCGGUCGACUUCAUCAACUAUCACGCAGCAGAGGUGAUGGAGACAGCAGGUUGGAAGUCCAUGGUGGCGUCUCAUCCUCACCUGGUAGCCGAAGCUUACCGUUCACUGGCCUCGGCCCAGUGCCCCUUCCUCGGACCCCCACGCAAGCGCCUCAAACAAUCCUAACAGCCUCACAGCGAGGCUUCUACAUGUCUGCAUACACACAACACGCAAACACACACAGAAACACACAGAAACCCCCCCUCCUCAAACACACAGGGACAACCCUCCCCCUUUGCUGUUACCUACCACACUACCUACCUACAGCCUCCCCUGAAUCUCCCCCUUCUGCCCCAUCCGAACCUGCUGUAUUAGUCUUGUCUGAAGACGGAAGGAGGAAGAAGGAGGAGGAAGAGGAGGAGGAGAAGAUGGAAGAGAGGGGGCAGGUGGGCUCGUGAAGUGGAUGUUUGUCGUUUACAAAAAAUCCUCCCUUUCUCUCCUCGGCUCUGGCUUAGUGAGGUCUGACAUUGUGCUGUUCCCCGACUGUGAAGUCCAAUCCUUCGACAUCCUACUAGUUCCUACUUUGGGAUCCGUACGGGAGGAAGAACUGGACACAGCAACCGAAUACGAGCCAACCGUCUACAAAUAUGGAGGCUUCGAGGACAAGCGUAGAUAAACUUCAGUCUCACUGGCUAUUUUAUCAGAAGGCUUCUAUUUGAAGCCAUCAGAGGCCCCGAAUGAAUGGACUCAUGGGACUACAAAAAAAGAAAUGGGCCUGUUAGUGACAAACUAGAAGCCCCCUGAGAAAGACAACCAAGGGCUAGUUAAAAAAAAAAAAAAAAAAAAGAAGCAGAAAUGGGACAAAAUCAUCAAAAUAAUUCUCCCAAAGAAAGUUGGGAAACAUUGCACUAGAGCCACAGGUCACCCCUUGUCAACCCUUACCAGCAGUAAAGUAGAAAUACUGUAGGCAAGCACACGGACUGAAGACCCAGCUGGACCACCAAGAACAAGAACCCUUUAACAAGAUUGAUCCGAAAGUGACAAAAGUACAUCUACUCCCAUAUAUCUGCUUCAUCUGCGUCUGUUUUCUUGUUCUUUUUAAACCUGAGGGGGGAAGAUCAGCGUAGAAAGGAUACAGAAAAUAGCAGCGCACAACUGGAUGUCAUUCUUGGGGAAAUUGUAUUUUGUCUGUGGAUCUGUCUUCGUAGCCCCUUGAGAGUAAACGUCCAAGGCGUCAACUGACAAACCAGGAGACAACAAACAAGAGGGAACCAAUAAGCCGAAAUAAUUUUAGGAUUCAAUCAGGCAUGGUAAAGUUCUCUUAUGACGGAUUUCUUAUUUGUUCUUUUUUUUCCUCAGAAGUGUCAUUUCUAUUUUUUUCAUAGGAAUUUGUACAGACACAAGUGUUUUUGAAGCUGUGUAAGUAAAACAAAAGCAUUUUCCACCCUAUAAUGAAAAAUUAAGUGGACAGAUGUUUUCUUUGCAGGCAUGAAGACUGAGGGGGAAAUUAAAUUGAAAUGAACACGUUUUAAUGUUCAGAAUCGAGCGAAUGUGAAUACAAUGCACACAGAGGCUAACCACAUGACAAACAUUUGAAGUUAUUGUUUUAAACCUGGAGGAAAAUGGUCAUCGAUAGAAGGAACCGUUGUUGUUUCUUUCCUGUAGAUAUCGCUGGUUAUGAGAAGUGACACUUAGUUGUUGCCAUUUUUUGUUCCCAAAAGAAUAAACCACAACUAUUUUGUAUUGAAUGCAA